CGGGGACUGCGGCGGCCGUCAGCUCGUCAGUCUCUCAUAUCGCAUGCCUAGCAUACAGGCGGCUCCAUCGCCUCCCAGUCACGAAUGGCUGUAUCUGGGAGUCGGCGGUGCGAUUGGCCUGCUUGGCCUUGUCGCUGUAGCAGCACUUCUAGCCGUACGAAAACGGCGGCAAUACCCAUCAUUGCUUUUACCUUCUAAACAGAUAAUCGCAGUACGAAAUGGUUAUCCAAAAGGUCCAGGUGGAUUAAAACAAAGUCCUUCCCCACUGCAGAGUCCACUCUCAACUGACUCCUCACCGAGCCCUAUUGUCCCAUUCCAAUCGCUUCUCGAAGAUCGGACGAGAAAACUCUCACCGUCCGAGUUACCCGCUGAACGAGGUGUCAUCACGUUCACGCUGAGCUAUGAUCCUGUAUCACUUGCAUUGCAGAUAGGUUUGGUCGAAUGCCGGGACCUCUGCGAACUGGUCGUAUCAAGAGAUGGGCAAUGUUUGUUGGAUCCAUAUGUGAAAUUACAGCUUCUGCCAGAACGCGAACAUCGCGUCAAAACCCGCAUCGUACGUUCGACGACGUCACCAAAAUACGAUGAACAAUUUACUAUGUAUGGAGUGACCAGUGAACAAAUCACUAUGAGCACAUUACAUUUUCAAGUUGUUGCAUUCGAUCGAUACAGUCGGGACACUGUUGUGGGAGAAUGUGUGUAUAGACUUGCUGAUGCGGAGUUGAUGCUUUAUCAAGAAAUGAGAGUGGAACUAGCACUACAAGCACGAGCAUCGGAUACGGUAGCAGCACGAGGUGAACUGCUGCUUUCUUUGACUUACCAACCGGCUUUCAACAAUCUUACCGUAGUUGUGCUAAAAGCACGCGGCCUUAGCAGGAAUGAGACCGGAAGUGCAGAUCCAUAUGUAAAACUUUAUCUACGCAAGGAUAAUGGUGAAAGAAUCAUCAAGAAGAAAACUCAUGUACGUCGUGCUACCGUCAAUCCCGUCUAUAAUGAAUCAUUCGUUUUUGAAUUACCGGAAAAUAAGAUGGACAACUGCGUCAUCGAUAUGCAGGUGAUCAAUCACGAUCGCGCAAAUCGCAACGAUGUGAUUGGACAAGCGCUACUAAACAUGGAAGAUCAGCAUAUUGUCGAGGUUUUGAAAAAUCCAGGACGUCAGGUGGCUCAAUGGCACCACCUGGACUGAUCAUUCGCUUCUUCGAUCCAGAUUUGAUCUCCUAUAGCUGUACUUACUGCAACUAUGAUCUCCAGUCAUGCCAUGAAUUGCGUACCAUUCUGAUUACCGUACUCCCUAAGCUUUUCACGCGCAUAUUCCUCACCAUAAACGAACUAUAGUUUUGGUCUGUGUUAC